UACAUUUGGCGGCUUGUCCGUUAAUGUGAAGAAGAAAACAUGCUGGCUUUGCCUCUUUUUAUCUCGUCUCUUUUCGUUAUUCUCAUCGCCCUCCUCCUCGUUUGUUUUUGUCGAUGGGCGCACGACCGGUUCACUAGUCAGUCAUUCAUCGAUGCGCAGGGACCGCGAUGGCGGUUUGUACUAGGUGUUUCCUGUGUGAUAUGAUAUGGUCAUGAUGUAGUGGCA